UAUGAUUGCAGAAAUGGUAUUGUAUUUCUUCUAUAAAAAUAUGAUAUUUACUGUCCCUCAAUUUUUCUUUUCAUAUUUUUGUGCAUUUUCAGGUUAGUCAUUUUUUGAUGAUUGGUAUAUUAUAUUUUAUAAUUUGAUAUUUACUGCACUUCCACUUAUUAUGAGAGGUAUUUUUGAUUAAGACAUCUAUUACAGAUAACAUAUAUAAUAUGAUGACAAAGAAGAAGUAGCCUCAGUUUAAAAAAAUUUGAAGACUAUUUAAAGGUUAAAUUCCUAAGUCUUUAUUAUGUAGAAUAAGGUAAAAGUAUUUUUACAAUUCCAAAUUAUAUGUUAUGGACAUUUACUGGUUUAGUACAUGGUAUGAUAAUCUUCUUUUUCAUACUUUGGAUUUUAGAUUAUGAAAUUAUAGAGGAUAAUGAAUUUCCUGGAGGAUUAGCAGCCUUUUCAUUAACUGUUUAUUCUAAUAUAAAUUUAGUAUUAGAUUUUAAAUUAAUAAUUCAAGAUUGCUGAUUUAAAGAUAGCCAUUCAAACUAAAUAUUGGACUUGGUUUAAUUUAAUAUUUAUU